AUGAAUUCUUCCACAACGGAGAAUGCUCUCACAACGGGAAAUCCGACGACAGCGCAAGGUCCUCCAGCGACUAAGGAUCCGUUGACAACGGAGGGUUCAUCGACAAAGAAGGGUUCUUGGACCACCGAGGGUCCUACCACCAAAGACAACCCUACCACAGAGAUAAGUCCUGGUCCUACCACACCAAGGAGUCCGACACCACCGAGUCAUUCCACUCCGAAGACAGUGCCUUCUACUUCUGCUCUUCCUCAAACAUCACGUAAUAUUCCUCCAGAUGUUGAUGGGUUGUAUAAAGACAUGCACAUCUACCCAGCUCUUCCAACCGAUCAACAACUCAACCGGGAAGAGUGUUACCCGAUGGAUCAACGCAAUAAGGGUCUGGUCUUCAUCUUGAACAACUACCGUUUUGGUCCCGAUCGAACGACUGAAAGAACAGGGUCUGAUGUUGACUUAGCCAAUGUGAAACAUGUCUUCACCGAGAUUGGCUAUACGGCAGACGAAGCUCAAAAUCUCACUGCUCAGGGCAUCAGACAGAAGUUGAAGAGCUUAAACCGGAAGAUCUUACCCUCUCAUACUUCGGUGGUCCUAGUCUUCAUGAGUCACGGAAAGAAGGAAGGUAUCCAAGGUACCGACGAGGUGGUUGUGACCGUUGAGGAAAUCAAGGAUAUGUUCUCUGGGAACAACUGCCCCGCCCUGAUUGGGAAACCAAAGAUCAUGAUCUUCCAGGCUUGCCGUGGAGAAAAAAUAACGCCGAGUGCUCCAUCUCUCUCCACUUCCGCAGUGGAUAAUGAAAUAUGUGCAGACUUUGUCGGGACUGACGGGGUAGCAAGGGAUGGAGGGGCUACCGUGGUAACAGAAGAUGAAGCAUGUUUGACAUCACCUGGUAGAGUUGGAGGAGGAGGAGGAGGAGAAGUGGAAACUGACUGCAGUGUACCGGACAAUGCUGAUAUGUACAUUGCUCAAUCCACGUCGGAAGGCUAUUUCUCACUACGGCACAAACAGAACGGAUCUUGGUUCAUUCAGGCUCUCUGUGAAGAGCUGAUCGCCAGUGCCCACGACCACCAUCUCGAUGACAUCAUGACAAAGGUAACUGACAGAGUGAAGCGCCAGGAGGGAUAUAUGCUCUACCAGCGCCGACGCCAGCUAACCCUGCAGACCCCACAGAUUAUCAAGCAAGGGAUAGGAAAGAAGAUCUUCUUCUUACCAAAAUACCCGCCGCAAGCGGGAAGUCGUUAA